AUGUGUGUGCAGGACGCUGAUCAAGAUGCCCAAGAUAUGAACAACAUGGACAAUACAAAAAAGUUAUGGCCUUUGCAUGGUGAGCUUUUGCUUACCCAGAAAGAGAAUUUGGAAAAGGAAUCUUCUUUGAGAACUUCAAGUGGCGACAGGAUCAGUAUUGAAAAUUCAUUUCCUCUGGAAAGCAUAGGUGAGGAUGCAGUGGUUGCAGACAAGAAACAGAACCUGAUGAAUUAUGUCCCUGAUCUACGGUCGGGAGAGUGGUCUGAUAUUGGAGAACGCCCUUACAUGGAGGAUACUCACAUAUGCAUUGGAGAUUUGGCAAAAAAGUUUGAUUGUAACAUACACUCUGAGGAGGCUGUUUCCUUUUAUGGGGUAUUUGAUGGACAUGGAGGGAAGAGUGCUGCACAAUUUGUCCGUGAUCAUCUGCCAAGAGUUAUCGUUGAGGAUGUUAACUUUCCUUUGGAACUAGAGAAGGUGGUCAAAAGGUCAUUUUUGGAGACUGAUGCAGCAUUUGCAAAGACAUCCUCUUGUGAAUGUUCCCUUUCUUCUGGUACAACUGCGCUAACUGCAUUUAUAUUUGGAAGGUCUCUACUUGUAGCCAAUGCUGGAGAUUGCCGAGCUGUCUUGUCCCGUCAUGGAAGGGUUAUAGACAUGUCCCAAGAUCAUAAGCCAAACUGCACCAAAGAGAGGAUGCGGAUUGAGUCCCUUGGUGGAUUCAUUGAUGAUGGUUACCUGAAUGGCCAGUUAGGUGUCACUCGUGCUCUAGGUGAUUGGCACCUUGAAGGAAUGAAGGAAAUGAGUGAAAGAGGAGGACCACUAAGUGCUGAACCUGAAUUUAAAUUGAUUACAUUGACCAAAGAAGAUGAAUUCUUGAUAAUUGCUAGUGAUGGAAUCUGGGAUGUUUUUAGUAGCCAAAAUGUUGUAGAUUUUGCUCGAAGGAGACUUCAAGAGCACAAUGAUGAGAAAAAAUGUUGCAAGGAAAUGGUACAGGAAGCAAUCAAGAGGGGAUCAACAGAUAACUUGACAGUUUUGAUGGUAUGUUUUAACUCAGAUCCACCACCACCUGUGGUUGUAAAAAGAACAAGAGUAAGGAGAAACAUAUCUGCUGAGGGACUUGAGAAUCUGAAAUGCCUGCUAGAAGGAUAG